CAUGCCUCCUUUUCAAUGUUAUGACCAAUAUCUAUUGCCCAGCGUAUUGUUGAAGAUUUCACUUGUUCAGCCUUUGUUUCCCAUUCCAAUAACAUCUUAUGCAUUUUAGUCAUCACUUUAUUGUUACAGUCUAACUGAUCUUUGCUUCUCCCUUCUUCCACAGAACAGCCAGAGUCUCAGAUGGGAGAGCCAAGCCGGACCCCUCCCUCCCCUCAGAGCUGGAGGAAGUCUUUCAAUACGAGGGGAGCCUGUGGAGAGAUGGCCGGCCGCAACAUCGCUGGUUCUCUUCCGGCACGGGAGGUCCUCCGGCAGGAAGCCAUUCAUGAGCUGUUUAUGACGGAGGCCUCCCACCUGAGCUCCCUUCGUAUUGUGGCCGUGCUCUUCUAUCAGCGGCUCCAUACAGAAAAGCUCCUUUCGCAGGAGGAGCUGACCCUCAUCUUCCCCGACCUAAGAGAACUGAUUAAGAUCCAUGGUUCUCUGUUGGGGAAAAUGAGGGAUCUGCUGGAGAAAGGGCCCCUCACCAAGAAGAUUGGGGACCUCCUCCUUUCCCAGGCCCCCUACCUUCCCCCUAGUUUGGUGUGGCUGCAAGCGAGGAGUUCUGGCAGGCCAUCCUCAAAAGCAGCUUGCAGCAGGCCAGGGCCCUGGAGAUUCUUAAAACGAAGCAGCAGAGGGAUGCUCGGCUCCGGCAUGUCAUCCAGGACCUCCCUGACCGCUUUGUUUACCUUGACAAGAUCCUGAUCUACUCCUCUUCAGCCACUGACCAUGAGCAGCAUGUAUACACCCUGCUGCAGAGAUUACAAGAGCAUUGCCUGUUCUCCAACCUCUUGAAGUGCGAGUUUGACAAGCCCACCAUCGACUUCCUGGGCCAUUGCAUCUCAGCCGAUGGCAAGGUGGAGACUAUGUUGUCCUGGCAGUCUCCCCAUAACCCCAAGGAGGUGCAGAACCUACUGGGAUUUGCGAACUACUAUUGUUCGUUCAUCCUGCACUUCACUCAGGUCACAGCAUCUCUGACCGUCCUCCUUCGGAAAAAGGCUGUGUUUGUCUGGGAUGGUGCAGCUCAGGAGGCAUUAGAUGCCUUGAAGGCUGUGUUUGCUUCAGAACCCAUCCUUAGGCAACCAGACCCAACACUGCCGUUUGUGGUGGAAACUGAUGCUUCAGAUGUUACGGUAGGGGUAGUGCUACUGCAGGCCGACCCACAGCCUUCGGUGUUCUACCCCUGUGGGUACUACUUCUAAAAACUUCAACCAGCAGAGCAGAAUUAUGGCAUUUGGGAUGAGGAACUAUUGGCUGUCGAAGUGGCCUUUGAGAUGUGGCAUCAUUAGUUAGAGGGGGCCCGUUAUCUGGUUGAAGAUUGGACAGACCAUUGGAACCUAGAACAUCUCCAGUCAGCCAAGAAGCUGAAUCAGCGCCAGAUCCAGUGGUCCCAGUUCUUCAAUUUCAAUGUCAUCUAUAUUCCCUGCAGCCAGAACCAGCAGGCUGAUACCCUGUCUAGGUAGCCGGAGUAUGAGCAGUCUGAUGAUGUGUCACAUACAGCCACGGUCUUGCCUCCUGCCAGCUUUGCUAUGGCCCAAGUUCAUGGGGACUUUCUGUGGGAGCUGCAUGAACAGGAUGCCUAUUCGCAGCACCAGCGGCAAUAAUUGCCUGAAUGGGCUGGACACACUCCUUGCCAUUGGACUCUGUACCAGGACAUGCUUCUUUUUUGGUACCGUUAUUAUGUGCCUCCUGGUCCACUGCAGGGAAUUUUUCUGUGGUUAUGCCAUGACAGUCUUCCGGCAGGGCACUUCGGACAUUUAAAAACUUCAUUUGCUGGGACUUUUGGUGGCCUCAUCUUUGGGUCAAGGUGGAGCAAUAUGUGGCCUCCUGCCCAGUCUGUCGUCAGGCUAAAGACGGUUCUGGCAAGCUGGCAGGACACCUUCUACCUCUACCAAUUCCUGAACAGCUCUGGCAGACUGGACUUUAUCACGGACCUGCCUCCAUCCCAGGGCCACUACCAUUUUGGUAGUGGUGGAUACCUUGACCAAGAUGAUGCAUUUUGUCCCUUGGCCAGAGAAACAGCAGACCUCUUCUUGUGGGAGGUGUUUUGGCUGCACAGCCUGCUGCAGCAUCUGGUGUCCAAUAGAGGACCACAGUUUAUUCCCUGCAUUGGAUGAAUGACAGUGGGGGCUUUGCUACUCUUUAAGUGACCUACCUGCUACUCUUUAAGUGACCUACCAAUGAAAGGUGAUCGCUAAUCUGCCCUAUCUUCCACUUAAAAUAAUUGGAUUUUUGAAUAAACAUCAUAUGACACAAAUAUGUAAUCUACCAUACUGCCCCCAUUCUGGAAUAUAUAAGCAUAUUGCCCAAAUUGAUAGAUAAUCCUAUUUUGUGAGGAUAUGUCUGUGGUGUUAAUAUUGUCCUCAUUUAGGGCAACAGCUUUACUUAUUAGAUUAUCCCCCCCCCCGAUUCUCGCAUUAAAAUCCCCACAUAACAAUACCUCUGUUGUUGGGAAUUUUUCCUCAAUACUUUGUAGAGCUUGUUCUAGAUCCUGCCAGAGUUGUUUUGCAUCGUGGUUUAUGUGUUUAGGCAGUGAUUUUUUUCUAAAAAAAUGUUUGGGGUACUCUCAUUUUGACUCAAGAAAAUCACCAUUUUAUAGUUCAAAUCAGGAAAAAUAAAU